CCCUAGAGCAGCUCAGAAAAAUGAACAAGGGCAGUUCUGCAAAAUGCUCCCUAGAGCAGAGCACAAUCGUCCGGCUGCAGCCUUCCCAGUAGCCGCACCCCGCAUAUAACCCGCGCACUCGCUGAAUGCAUUAGGAUCCAGAGGCGCCAACACCACCCAGCGACAAGUGCGGUCCAAAUAAAUUCCUUAGCGUCGCUGCGCGGCUACAGAAUUUGAUGUACAGAAUCUGAAGGCCUUUGAUUAACAUGAAGAAGAGUAAAGGUCGAACAUGUCGAAAGAGGCGAAGAAAACAAUCGAGAAGUUUGUCUUUAUGUGGUGUAAAUCUUAGCCACAAACACGAAUAUGUGCUGCUAAAGAAAUGGCUGAAAGAAAGAGGUUAUGAAGAUAAUAAAUUACGGCCAGCACAAUUUUCAGAGACAGGAAGAGGAUUGAUGACCACAAAAGCUCUUCAGGCCGAAGAGUUGAUUAUUUCAUUGCCUGAAAAAUGCUUGCUCACCACUGAUACUGUCCUUAGCAGCUACCUUGGAGAAUACAUCGUAAAAUGGAGACCCCCCAUUUCUCCUUUGGCAGCACUGUGUACAUUUUUAAUAGCAGAAAAGUGUGCUUGCAAGGAGGAAUCUCUGUGGAAGCCAUACCUGGAUCUCCUACCCGAAACAUAUAGCUGUCCUGUUUGUUUGGAGCAAGAAACAGUGAACCUUUUCCCUGAGCCCUUAAGAAGAAAAGCCCUUGAGCAAAGAAGACGGGUCCAGGAGCUGUUUGUUUCGUCCCAGCCAUUUUUCUUCUCCUUACAGCCUCUGUUUUCUGAAGACGUAGCAUCUGUCUUUAACUAUAGUGCCUUUCGGUGGGCUUGGUGCACCGUUAAUACCAGGACAGUGUAUAUGAAACAUUCUCAGGGGGACUGUUUUUCUAGGGAGUCAAAUACAUACGCCUUGGCCCCUUACUUGGAUCUGCUAAAUCACAAUCCAGCUGUCCAGGUGAAAGCUGCAUUUAAUGAGAAGACAAAGUGUUAUGAAAUAAGAACACUUUCAGGCUGUCAGAAAUACAAAGAAGUAUUUAUUUGUUAUGGCCCACAUGAUAAUCAGCGCCUGCUUCUCGAAUAUGGUUUUGUUGCGAACUCCAAUCCACACAGCAGUGUGCAUGUUGGGACAGAAACCUUACUCAAAUAUAUCCUUCCAGAAGAUAAGCAGAGGCAUACGAAACUUUCCAUUUUACAAGAAAACAACUUUUUAGAUAAUCUGACAUUUGACUGGGAUGGACCAUCUUGGAGACUUCUUACAGCUCUCAAGCUGCUAUGUCUCGAAGCAGACCAAUUUACUUCCUGGAAGAAAGUGUUGCUUGGCAAUAUAAUUUCAAAGAGGAAUGAAAAGAAGAGUUUGGAUCUCGCAACAAAAAUAUGUAUGUCAUUGACAGAGGAGACCCAGCAUGCCCUUCAGAAGAUUUCUCUGUUAAAAAGUGAUUGCCAGCAUCUUGCAAGCCAGCUAACUUUAGUUGAGGCGUUGCGUACAGAAGACCUAAAGAUCUUGCAAAUGUCAGUGGAGAUUCUUCAGCAUUUACAUUCCACCACAAUCUGACCUCCCUGGAACAGAGUUGCAUCACAGAAUCGAAUACCUGGUGUGCAGUGGGCCAUAUAACACCAGUCCUAAAGGAUCUGUACUGGCUCCCAGUAUGUUUCUGAGCACAAUUCAAAGUGUUGGUGCUGACCAUUAAAACCCUAAACAGCCUUGACCCUGUAUACCUGAAGGAGCAUCUCCAACCACAUUGUUCAGCCGGGAUGUAGUGAUCCGGCUCCGAGGGCCUUCUGGCGGUUCCCUCCCUGCGAGAAGUGAGGUUACAGGGAACCAGGCAGAGGGCCUUCUUGG